CUUUAACGGAUAGAAAGCAACGAGAGCUCACAUUCGCGGAGCGUCCUUACCUCCCUAUGUUGUUCCCUUGGACGUAGACUGGUGUAGAGAGAGACAAGUUGGUUCUGAGUGGACGUCUAUUUCAGCCUUGCCGAAUCGCUCGAAAUCGAAUCAUUCCCACACGUUUUCGAAGCUAAUCUAUAGCUUGCUGAAUGCUGACUCCGCAGUCUGCUCUGGUUCCCAACAGUGCGAUCCAGAUAAUUGAAAGCGAUGUCUUUGUUAGGGGUUUCUUUGAUUCCGUGAUCUUUCUUUUCUUCUUUCAGGAUUUUUGGGUUAGUUUUCUUAUGGUUAAAUAUGGUGCAUUUUGUUCCGGUAGUGCAUUCGAAGCUUCUUUGAACACGCUAGGGAAACAGCGAUGAUCUUAUCUGUUUUGUUCUUUCUUGAUUAACCUGGAUUUCCUGUAUUUGUGUUUUGUUACUGAGGACGAAUCUUUUUUCUUUUCCAAGAUUGAGAUUUGGUAGUUUUAGGAAAAUUAGGGACACGCAGGUGACUUCUCUUUCAAAUGUUAUAUUCAUCCUUUUUUGGCUUGGCGGAUCUGAAACUUUACCACUCUUCUUUUUCUCUUUUUCAUUUUUCAUGUGAAAUUCCUUAAAUUUCUAACAGAAAAGGAAAAUUGUGUGAUUUUGACUAUUUCUUUUGAUUGCCUGUCCUUUUAUGAAUUGAUUUUAGGUGACCAUCUGACUUUAAUUCUGCUUUUUCUUUUCUGAUGCUGGUAUAAAAUCAUUUCUCGUCAAUGAAAAUUCUGGUGAAUUAGAUGAAAAGCUUACUUUUAUCUUCUUGAAUUACUUUUCCUCCUUUGCAAUCGAUCAAGACCGAACAAUUUGAAGACGUAUUGGAUUUUCAAGUAAAGCUCGCUUACUUGCCUGUGGGGAGAAAGAAAAAUAUCUUUCUUUCCGCUUUUCUUUCAGCUUUCAAAAAUCUAUAUUUAUAUUAAUUAGACUUUGAGUGGUAGUUGGAAAGUUCCUAUAUGUAAUACCGCGCUCCAUUAACACCCAUGAAGCGUCAUUACUUUACCUCUCGCUCUCACUGAAUCUAAAUUUGUCUCCAGAGUCCACCGGUCUUUUUGCUUUUCGUUCUUAUAUAUACUUAUUACUUGCUAACUAAAAUCAAAGUCAACAUCCAUCUUCAGAAGAGACAGCUAAGUACAAAUCAUCGUUUGCUAAAUUAAAUGAACUCAUGAUUGAUAAAAAAUGAAGAAAAUAGAAGAAUCGUCUAUGAAAAAAAUUCUGACAAGCCGACUUUUCAUUACGUUAUUCUAUUUUCAUGGCUGUUAUUGAAGUCACCUUCGAAUCAACCUCGAACCAAGUAUUUUAUGGUUGGAAUUCGUCAGCACUUGUAAUGCGCAGGGUCCACACUCUGCUCACCCUUCUAUCCGAAAAGAGAAAUGCAGUGCUGUAGCUUCCUGGACACCGCUCUCUGGUGAAAAACAAUAUAGUAUUUUAAUUUAUGUUCCAGCCGUCCCUUUGACUCCAACCCAUCAUUAUAGUUUCAAAAGCUAUUUUUUUUCCUUAUUUUAUGUAGGGGUUUCAGGUUCCGCGUUUCUUGGUAUUUAUGUUGGUGGGUCAUAGCAAUCUUGGUUAAUAUAGGAUAAAUGGUAUCAUAAUUUGUUUAUUAGGGGAUGUCUUGGUUUCUAAUGUUAACCAAUCUUUUGUGGUUAUCUAAAAAGGGUUCUGGGCAUAUAAUCUUGCAUUUGUAUUCAUGGUGGGGAUAGCGUGCCAAAGGGGAGUUGCCUAAAUUGGAAUUAGGUACUAUGGUAAUGCAUUUUAUAAUGAAUGACUUGGAUUUUUGUCCUCCUUGAGAGAUGGCUUUACCUCCUCUUGUCUUGGGUGAAUUGUGGAGGUGGUUCAAUUUCUUUUCUAUCAACUCUCUCAAUAGUUCAUCCUAUCCACCCUGCUUAGCUGAAGUAGUGCCUACAACACCAAACGGUGCAAGUUUUCCUAUACUGAAAGAGACCUUUGGAUUCUUAUUGUUGUUGUUGUUGUUGUUGUUAUUUUCUUACAGUCGGUUCUAUUUUUAAAGUUAGAAAAAUGAUGUUUUGUGAGGACCAUUGAUUGCUCUUUCAACUUGAGGUUGUGGAUGUUAUUUUCUUCAACUUGACCACACUUUUCUGUCCUAUCUAUUUGGCCGUACUAAAAAUCCCCUCUCUUGAGCAUUGAACAAGCCUAACUGUUAAGAAGCUUGUCAAUUGUUCAAUUUGACUGCAAGAUCAGUGACUACUAGAUACCUUUGUAAAUUCUGAACAGUGUCUUCUGCCUUAGUUGUUUUCUUCAAUAGUUCUGAAUUUUGAUUGAUAGACAAUGAAAGCAAGAAGAGGCAAGUGUUCUGAGUCCUUUUGGCGAUCCAUUGUAAUGAAGAAAUGGUUAAAUAUUAUGCCCAAGGUGCAUGAAUUCAGUGAAGAUGAGGUUGAUACUGAAACUGAAAGUGAGGAUGAUGCUUACUCUCUUAAAGAUGCAAAAGAAGAUAUGGGUGGGGAUAAGGUCCACAGAAUACAGAGGAACCAACCUGUACACCUAAGUCAAGCUUCAGGCAAUGGAAUACCUUCAAAAGGUUAUCUGUCGAAGCAUAGGAGAGGAAAGUCAGAAACUCUACGCGUUCAGUACAUAAAUAGGAAGGACAUUAGGGUGAUGGUGGGUACAUGGAAUGUUGCAGGAAAACUCCCAUAUGAGGAUCUUAAGAUAGAAGAUUGGCUUUCUAUGGAAGAACCAGCAGAUAUGUAUAUUCUUGGUUUUCAAGAAGUGGUGCCUCUAAAUGCUGGGAAUGUGCUAGGAGCAGAGGAUAGCAGUCCUGUUCGAAAAUGGGAGACCAUCAUUCGCAGAACUCUCAACAAGUGUUUGCAACCUGAAACGAAAUGUAAAAGUUAUAGUGCUCCACCCUCUCCAGUAUUGUGCAGAUCCUCUACUGCUGAUGUACUUCGAGAUAAGAUAUGUGCUUCUGAAGUAGAGACAGUGAGCAAGGAGCCUUUGGGGCUUGCUGAUGGCACUGACCUUGAAAGCCAAAAGCUGAAUGAAGUAAAUAGUAUAGGGAUGAAAUCCCACUUAAAAAUAAUAUAUGGAAUAGACAAUGACAGUAGACUAGAUUGGCCAGAACGUUCAUUAGAUAUGACACCACAAGUUUUCUCUUCUAGCAAAGGGUUGCGAAGAGUCUUCAGCAGUUCUGCAAGAAUUGGUUUUGAUUGGAUGGAGAAGCCUCUGGUUUUCACAACUAAAGAUUUAGAGUUCAGUGGUGGAUUGAAACGAGUGCACCAUAGUUCAGGAAACCUAGGAUUGAUAUGGGUUGAUCAGCAGGGUCAAUCUAAAGACCUUGAGUCAUUUUCUGAUGUUACUGACUUGUCUGAAGAGGAGGAAGAUUCUUUUUUGGAAAUAGGAAAGGUGCAUUGUGAAAAUGGAAUCAAGCGAGAAAGUGUGAAGGUCCGUUCCAAAUAUGUGCGUAUUGUGAGCAAGCAGAUGGUGGGAAUAUUUGUAUCAGUUUGGGUUCAUAGAAGGUUGAGGAGGCAUAUAAACAACUUGAAGGUUGCUCCUGUUGGAGUUGGUUUAAUGGGUUACAUGGGAAACAAGGGAUCUGUUUCUGUCAGCAUGUCUCUUUUCCAAUCACGACUAUGCUUUGUUUGCUCACAUCUAACAUCUGGACAAAAGGAGGGGGAUGAACAGAGGCGUAACUCUGAUGUGUACGAGAUCUUACGACGCACCAAGUUUUCCUCUGUCUUUGAUAUUGAUCAACCAUUGACUAUUCCAUCACAUGAUCAAAUUUUCUGGUUUGGAGAUUUGAAUUAUCGCCUAAAUAUGCCAGAUGCUGAGGUGAGAAAGCUUGUAGCUAAGAAACAAUGGGGUGAGCUUAUCAACAAUGAUCAGCUGGUUAAAGAACUUCGCACUGGUCAUGUUUUUGAUGGAUGGAAGGAAGGAGUGAUAGACUUCCCACCCACUUACAAGUAUGAAGUCAACUCAGAUAGAUAUGUUGGAGAAAACCCAAAGGAAGGAGAGAAGAAGAGAUCCCCUGCAUGGUGUGAUCGCAUUCUAUGGUUAGGGAAAGGCAUCAAACAGCUUUCGUACAAGCGGGCUGAAAUAAGACUCUCAGAUCAUCGUCCUGUUAGCUCAAUCUUCUUGGUUGAAGUUGAAGUAUUUAACCAUUGGAAACUCAAGAGGGCUCUAAAUUUUACUAAUGCUGCAGUACAUCCUGAAAUUUUUGCUGAGGAGGAGGUGGACUGGGAAGGUCAAAGAUAUUAGGGUGAACUCAAGGAAUGCUAUUAGAAGUCCUGAUGACAUGGGAGGAAAAUCUUCUUGUCUAGUUUUUUGAAAACUUAACUAGAUUUCCUGCAUGCUAUUUUCUGAUGCAGCUGCAAGACACAGUAAUCAUGAAUCUAUGCAAGAAAGCAUUACAUGACAAAUACAUUUUAAAUACUAGCGGGAGUGGUUCAAGUAAUGCCAGAGAGUUUUGAUUUAGUUAGUAUGGAGUAUUUCAGACCUUUAGGUAAAGGAAUCGGGGUUUUGUUCCUAAGAUGUGAAAAUGUAGAGAAAAACAAUCUCUCCUCUGUAAAGCCAUUUGAUUAUGUUUGUAGUUGAUGAUAUUCCAUUUUAGUUAGGUGAAUGUAUUGUUUUAGGUUGUAUAAUUAUGAUGAUUGUACAUUCAAUGUGGGUGUUUUGGAAGAAGAAAGAGGUGAGCUUUUAAGAA